AUGGUCCGCAUUUUCAUCCUGUUGCUGAUUGCUGGAAUGGCAGUAGCGAAGCCAACUGCGCGGAUGUGCGCAACGUUCGCGAAAUUCGUCGAGAAAUGGAAUCCGCUCCCAGAGACCCUGCUGUCUUGGUCCAAGUCACAAGCAAACUGCGACAAAGUUCAGCCACGUCCUCGUGAGAUGACAUGCGAGGACAUUCAACGUUUCAUGCGCCGACCUGCAACUACGGGAGUGACGGACCUGAUGCAGAUGAAGGUGAAGUGUAUCGUAGAACGUCCGAAUCCGAGCGAUCACAGUACCUACGGUAACUAUCCUAAAGUACUCGGUAAGUACAUCUACUACAAUGCGGCCACCGCUUCCGACUAUGGACAGUUCGGAAACUGGUACUACCCGAAUUAUUACCCACCGUCAUACCUCGGCUACUUCGAUGGUCGAGAACAGAGUCUGGCUCAAUUAGAGAACGACUAUAAAUUCGCAAAAGGAGGCCAUUAUCCCUACAACAGAGCUGACAAUAUAGUCAACAUCGGACUACAGCAGACGUAUCUACCGACGUGUCUCCAUGAUCUCUUCUACUGCAUAAGAGCGUCCAAUCCUUCACCCUAUCAACACUACUAUGCUCAACGGAGAAGCCGGCCCCGUCAUAGAAGCCAUCAUAAAAGGAGACGGCUUCACCGUAUUGACGAAGAGGACGAGAGGCGUCGUUAA